AUGUUCUCCUUGGGAACGCAAGUCGUAUGCAUACACGGCUAUCGCUUCGGUGGGACAGGAAUCCACCUGUGGAAUGUGACUCCAGAGAUGUUCGUCAUCUUUCAAAAGGUCAUUCUCGCCGCCGCCGUUGUCUACGUCCCAGCCCUCGCAUUCGCCAAACUUGCCCUCAUAAUUCUCUACCACCGCAUUGUGAACAAGCAACCGAUCUAUGUAUGGUCCCUUCAUAUAAUUUCGGCCGUCGUUUGCGGAUACAGUGUUGCCAUUGUCUUCGCUUUGAUAUUUGCAUGCAAUCCCAUUGAAAGAGGAUGGAACGCUGCCAUUACAACAGGUUAUUGCGUCAAUCGCAAUGGCUUGUAUAUCGCAACCGCGGUCACAAAUAUCGUCACCGAUAUCGCUCUCUUGGUGUUUCCUUUCCCUCUCGUACUCGGCCUGCAGAUGCCGCGUAUCCAAAAGAUUGGACUGCUUCUGAUGUUUAUCGUCGGCUGCGCCACACUCAUUACAAGUAUUCUACGACUCACGACCUUAAUCGCUUAUCUAAAGACAACCGACUUGACAUACCAGCUAGCCCCAUCCCAGCUCUGGAUCUACGUCGAAGCCAACCUCAUCAUCAUCUGCCCCUGCCUACCUUUCCUCCGCCAAUUCAUGCGCCGCUACUCACCCGCCUGGAUCGGCGAAAGUGGUCGACGCUAUUUCCGCGAGUACAGUUCCGGCACCACGGGCCUCUCGCGCAACCGUCGCAAGCAAGGACUCAGCCGUCUACAUGAUGACAUCGCUUUGGCGGAAAAUGCCGAAAGCACACACAGCCAGUCCCACAUUGUCAAGGAAGUUCAAUGGCAAGUGACGGAAGAGCGAAUGGAAGCGGGAUCUUCACGCAGUGACUCACAAUUUCAUCGGGGUUAA